AUGAAGCUCACACAAACUCUGCUAUUCGCCCUCACGGCCUAUUCUGUUGGUGUCUCCGCCCAGGGCUUUAGAAACUUUGGGGGAGGCAACAAUGGAGGCAAUGGUGGCGGUCAAGGUGGGCAAGGUGGCCAAAAUGGUGGCAAUGGUGGCAAUCAAACUGGCAACGGCAACCAGGGCGGUCAGAACGGCGGCCAAGAUGCGGGCAAUGGUCAGAAUGGUGGCCAGGACGCCGGAGAGCCUGACGUUGCUGGCGGUCAGUCGAACUCUGCAACCGAUGCUUUCAACUUCAUCAACUUCUGCUCCGGAAAGACAAUCACCAAUGGUCUGCAGAACCGCGCAGGAUCAUGCAACCCAGUCGUCAUGGGAGAAAUUCCCAGUGAGAACAACAUGGUUUCAGCCAUCUUCCGAAACCCCAAAAACAAUGACGAUAUCGCACCCGAUACAGAUUUCACCAUCGCACUGGCAGUCAACAACCUUGAUGCGGGGUCCUUCACCGAUCCAGAUACCACAUACUACUCAGCUCCUCAAGCACUGGGCAAUGGUGGCAACAUCGUUGGCCAUACUCACGUCACAGUCCAACCGAUCGGAAACGACAAUGAUCCUCUGGACACCAAAACGUUCACGUUCUUCAAAGGCAUCAACAGUCCUCCUGACGGGAACGGCGAGUUGACCGCCGACGUAGCUGGAGGCCUGCCCACUGGCGCAUACCGUGGUCAACAGGGUCAGCAAGGCCAGCAAGGUCAGCAAGGUCAGCAAGGCCAGCAAGGUCAGCAAGGUCAACAAGGCCAGCAAGGCCAACAAGGACAACAGGGUGGCCAGGGAGGUGGUUUCAACCGAGGCAAGCCACGGUUCGGCAAAGGUCGCUACAUGCAGAGAGACUUCGUAGUAUGA